GAAAUAGGAGACGUAAGUUGCUUGCGUUUUGGCUGGUUUUUCGUUCAUCAAAAUGGGAUUGUCUCUCGUUGAAGUAUCACGUACGAAAAAUCGUCGCAGAGUGUUUCCAAAAUCCGUGUGUAUAUGAGGUGUUUGUUUCUUUUUAAGUUAAUAAAACAAUUUGUUGUUUUUGCUUCAGAUUUUUGUUUUUCGUUCACAAACUUCAACACCGAUUUGGAAUCGUAACAAAAAUUUUACUACUUAAUUUGUUUGAACAAUAAAAACAGACGAAUAUUUAACGAAACAAAGUUACAAAACAUUUUUAACACACACACACACAUUUAUCUCGACGAGAAAAGAAACAUUAAAGCAGCAGCAGCAGCAGCAGCAGCAGCUAGCUCUCCGUGUUGUUGAAGAGGGUUUUGUGCGAAUGGUGCGUUACAAUCUAUCGGUUGUUUAAAUAUUAACGAUUUCUUCGUGUUUAUGCGUAACUCGAUACACUCGAACGCUGAAUCAGUGUGUGCGUGUGUGUGUUUUUUUCUGCUGCUGUGCUCGCAUAAGGAUGCGAGACUUUAGAUUCAAUUCAUAAUAAACAGAAUACCGAAUAGAGAGCUAUCAAACGACAAAGAAUCACAAACAAAUCCACAUUUUUUUUUUGCAAGACAAAAGUGUGAGAUUCAGAGUGUUGAGUGUGAAGCACGAAACCACAAUAGCGAAAGUGUCAGAAAUAUGAAUCAAUCAGUAGGUUGUGUUACAAUUUACAGCGUCCAAGUGAAAAUCAAAUAAAUUGAGUACAUGUGCGACAUUGACGUUGUCGUCGAAAUAUUGAGCAAAAAUACGAGACAAAAGUAAGAGUUGGAGAGCUCACUUCGAAGUCUGGUGUCAUUCGGUGCUCUAUAUCGAAUUUUGUGUGUGUUGUGCAUAAAAGUAGUGUGCUGUCACAGAGAGCCACUCUUUUCGGCGGUAUUUUGCAAUUGCGACACCGUGUGUGCGUCGAAUUGUGUGUAAUAUGUACAUUUUCACAACUGAAUGAUAGAAAUACGUAAUAAAAACAUAAACCAGAACUAUAAAACGCAAAAUCAAACAAACGAUAACAAGAAAGUAGCAAACAAAGAAGAAAGAAAACCGAGAGAAAGAAAGAGAGUAAAAGAAAAGAAACAAAGUUUGGUUGUGCGACAACGAUUAUGACGACGAUGACGACGACGACAACAACAACAACAACACACACCGAAAUCACAGAUCCCAAAAAAUACAGAUAAAUGAAUAAAAAAACAGAGAGCUGUGAAGCGAAACAAGUUUUAAUCAGUUCAUUCAGAGCAGAGCACGAGAGAAAGAGAGGAAGAGGCUGAAGAGAAAGAAAUUUGCCGCACACAUCUUAUUUUUUUCGUCUUCGGCACAAAAUGUUUGUUUCCAUGCGAUACGAACCAAAGAACCGAGUUUGUUUGAAUGCAUUGCGAUCAUGUAAGCUGUCGAUUACACGAAAAAGGCAGCGCAAAAAUUGCAUGUAGAUGUGCUUAACACAAACACAGAGAGCACAAAUAAAGAGUCACACACUCAAUAUUUAAUUGAUUUUAUGAGAUUUUUCUUCGCUCAAUCGAUUCUAUAAGCAGCAGCACGAUACAGAUUGUUACAUCACGACGACAACGACAACGAUUUUUUUCUUCUUUCGUUGUUGCUCUCACAAUCUGCUCAGCCGCCCGUCAAUCGAUUUCCAAACCGAAACAAUCGAAUCGAAUAUUAUUAAAUAUAUUUUGCGUAUGCAUUUUUUGUCCGUCUAACUCUCUCUUGCCCCGAACGCUUACAAAAUAGAUGCGAAUGAGAAAAAAAAACAGAACCAUAAAAUUCAAUAAAUAAGAAAACAACAACCACCGAAAUAAAAAAAAACAGACAUAGCACGUAGACCAGUCAUAACCAUUAAUCGAAUUCUCGGUCUACGCUCGGCUUUGAAAUUAAAUCACUGUGAUUCAAUUUAAUUAGUUUUUCUGUUGUGUGUUGUGUGUGAGCUGAGCACAAGUGACCGAAUGAAUGCGCGCUGUUCCGUAUGUACCGAACAAAGAGGCAAAAUUGACAAUCGUAUGACAUUUCAAGAGACGAGAGACAAAAACAACAACUCACACUUAAUAAUAAGAAAUAUACUCGCAGAUUGUUGCUUUUGAAAAACGAUUCACCGCUAGUGAAACUGGACACUCAAUUAGAAACAUAUAGUUGGUGUUUUUCUGUUGUUGUUGAAAGAAAAGAAUGACAAAAAAGUAAGACAACAACAGACUCAUGACAAAUGAAUGAAAUCAUAACGAGAUAGUUGCAGAUUUGUUACACAGCAUUUUAAGUACCCCGACGUAAAGUGUUCGAGUCGCGCGCGCUACAGUUGAUUAAGAGUCAUUUGUUGGAUUGUGUGUGUUUUUCUUUCGUUGAUUCGUUUGGUGUUUUGAGAGCGAAAACAAAUGCGAGCCGCGCGUGAGAUGAUGAAUUUUACUCGAUUUAUUGAUAUACAGUGAAGUUACUCAAUAUCGUUACAUGAAACCACCAGCAAGACACUGCUAUUGCAAGUAAUUGAGCUCUCUCUGUGUCGUUUGUCGAUCAGCUAACCAACAGCAUCGAAUAAAUUAUCAAUCAGCCAACAACAUAGCACUGAGAGAUAGCAAGAGAGUAUACAUAACCGGCGGCGACAUCACCAAUAGCCAUUUCAAAUCGUCUCACAUUCCGCAUUUGGUGAAAAACAAGAAAUAUCCAAUUUUGUAAUUGGCCAACGACAUUUUUCCCAAAAACGUCACAACCAAUCAGUUUAUGCGUGACGCGAGACCAGGACAUUGAAUGCUGUGUUGAAAGUGGCCGAGUUGUAAAGAAGACUAAACAUCAUCAUUGAGUGUUUCGUUUUUAAAUUAGUUUCACGACGAAGAUUGUGACAAAGCGUCACUCUUACAACUAAUGAAAAAAACUGUUAUUCAGUUGAGAAACUUAAGACACAAAGUUGCGUUUUGAUUAAGGACAUUUUUAAAGAAAAUUAGACGACGAGGAUUUUGAAAGCAACAGCAGCUAACUUCGUGCAUUCAUUGGGCGAUUAUAACGUAUUUUCUCUUAGAGCGUUGUGUGGGAGCCCAUUCUAAAAUAUUCAACGAGUCGCUGAUCAUUAUUAAAGAAGUAACAGAGGUUAUAUUUGAUAUAUACGUAAAAAGAGAGAGAGAGAGAGAGAGAGAGAGAGAGAAAAGUUGAAAAGGCGUAAAAAUGGCAUCAUCAGCACUUGCAACCAAAUCCGAGCAGCAGUCACCGCAGCAUCAAACACCGACCAAGACAUCACCAUCAUCUUCGUCGGCCGUUACCGCAUCAAAUGCACAGCAAAGCCCACGCAACACAGCUACCAAUGCGAUGACAACCGGGACAUACGUAUCAUUUGGACCGGUCGAAGUGUCCAAAGCACUUCAAGAUGGCGAAAAGUUCGUGAAAUGGGAUGAGGAAUCAACAUCAGGAACACCCGUUACGAUGCGCGUCGAUCCGAAGGGCUUUUACUUGUGCUGGGUUGAUCAGAAUAACGAAUUAGAUAUUUUAGACAUAGCCACCAUCCGAGACGUUCGAAAUGGGCAAUAUGCCAAAAAACCAAGGGACUCGAAACUGCGUCAAAUUGCGAUGAUGGGCUCGCAGGAUACACUAGAGGAAAAGACUGUAACCGUUUGCUUUGGUGCUGACUUUGUAAACGUAUCGUUUAUUAAUUUUUGUGCGACACGAAAGGAAAUUGCGCAGCAUUGGACUGAGGAACUUAUGAAAUUGGCGUAUAGUCUAUCGCAGCUAAAUGGAUCGGCGACAAAUUUUCUCAUGAAAGCUCACACCCGACUCUGUCUGCAAGUGGAUAAAGUGGGCAAAAUUACUGUGAAAAAUAUUAUUAAGCAGUUUGCAUCCAAUAAAGACGAUAAACGGCGUGUGGAAAAAGCGUUGGAUGUAUCCGGUUUUCCGUCGGGCAAAAAUGAUUCACUUCCACAGAAUAAAUUCCAAUUUGAGGACUUUUACAAUCUGUACAAGAAUCUCACCCAAAGAUCCGAAGUGGAGAAAAUUUUCGAAGAACUGGUGGGUUCAUCAUCGAAACGAUGUACAAUGUCAACGCCACAACUCGUAGACUUUCUGAAUAAGACGCAACGUGAUCCUAGACUAAAUGAGAUUCUCUAUCCAUAUGCAAAUCCAGCACGAGCCAAAGAGCUCAUCGCCCAAUACGAGCCCAAUAAAUUCAAUGUGCAAAAAGGUCAAUUGAGUUUAGACGGAUUCCUAAGAUACUUAAUGUCAGAUGAUAACCCAGUUAUGGCACCAAGUAAAUUAGAUUUGUGUGACGAUAUGGAGCAGCCAUUAUCUCAUUAUUUCAUCAAUUCUUCGCAUAAUACCUAUUUGACUGGCCAUCAAUUGACUGGAAAAAGCUCGGUGGAAAUUUAUAGACAGUGCUUGUUAGCUGGAUGCAGAUGUGUCGAAUUGGAUUUUUGGAACAGCCGAACUGAGGAGCCGGUCAUUGUGCAUGGUUACACUUUUGUUCCUGAUAUUUUUGCUAAAGAUGUGCUCGAGGCAAUUGCCGAAAGCGCAUUUAAAACUUCUGAGUUACCUGUGAUAUUAAGUUUUGAAAAUCAUUGUAAUCCUCGGCAACAAGCCAAAAUAGCAAAUUAUUGUCGUGAUAUAUUUGGAGAAAUGUUAUUAGAUAAGCCACUAGAAUCUCAUCCAUUAGAGCCAAAUGUUGAACUCCCACCACCGUCGUUGUUGAAACGAAAAAUUAUCAUCAAAAAUAAAAAGAAACACCAUCACCAUCAUCAUCAUCACCAUCAUAAAAAAUCAGCGCAAAAUAAUCUCAACAAUUCAACUACAGGAAAUUCCAACAACACACAGCAGCAAUCAACAAUACCGGCAACUAUUGACGAGGAGUCGACCAAUGUACCAACUGGUAACGGCGAUGCAAUCCAUCAUGCACCAAUGCUUCAGAAUGUACGUCAGAGUUCGAAGGAGAGUACUGGUUCAUCGGACUCGGAUACUUCCAGCGACGAUGAAUCAACACAAACCGGAGCUACAAAUAUUCCAACCGCUGGCACACUACCACCCGAAAAGGUCAAUCAUCAGAAAGAAAGCGAAGCUGGCGCUGAAAUUUCAGCACUCGUCAACUAUGUGCAACCCGUUCAUUUCACCAGUUUUGAAGUUUCCGAAAAAAAAAAUCGCAACUAUGAGAUGUCGUCAUUUGACGAAAAACAGGCAACGACUUUGCUCAAAGAACGGCCCAUUGAAUUUGUCAAUUACAAUAAGCAUCAAUUAUCACGUGUCUAUCCAGCUGGUACCCGCUUUGACAGCUCAAAUUUUAACCCACAGUUAUUUUGGAAUGCUGGUUGCCAGUUGGUGGCUUUGAAUUAUCAAACAUUGGAUUUGGCGAUGCAAUUGAAUUUGGGCAUUUUUGAAUACAAUCAACGGGCUGGUUAUCUGUUGAAACCGGAGUUUAUGCGACGAAAAGACCGACGAUUAGAUCCAUUUGCCGAAAGCACGGUCGAUGGUAUAAUUGCUGGUACCGUAUCGAUUACGGUGUUGUCGGGUCAAUUUUUGAGCGAUAAAAAAGUUGGCGUUUUUGUUGAGGUCGAUAUGUUUGGCUUGCCAGCGGAUACAGUGCGCAAAAAGUUUCGUACGCGAUGCGUUCGCGAUAAUGCGCUCAAUCCGAUUUUCGAUGAUGAGCCGUUUGUCUUCAAAAAAGUGGUGCUACCCGAAUUGGCGAGCAUCCGAAUAACGGCCUAUGAAGAAGGCGGAAAAUUUAUCGGGCAUCGUGUGCUGCCGGUGAUUGGACUAUGUCCAGGAUACAAACACGUUACGCUACGCACUGAACUUGGUUUGCCCAUUCCAUUGGCAACGCUCUUCCUUUUGGUUGUUGUUAAGGAUUAUGUUCCCGACGGUCUAUCCGAUUUUGCCGAAGCCCUUGCCAACCCCAUCAAAUAUCAAAGCGAACUUGAAAAACGCUCGGAGCAAUUGGCUGUUUUGAUGGAAGACGGCGAGACAACCGAAGAUGAUGCAACCAAUUCAUUUGUAUUUGUCUCUUUAGGUACCAAGAAGGAGAAGGGAGCAGGGAAUACACUGGAAGUGGUGCGAACGAGUCCAAAGCAUCGGACCAGCAUUGUGGCCACAACAUCGCUUAGCAUGGACGCCUCCAUUGGCAAUGAGAUUGAAUACUCGUCGAGUUCGGUGUCCACGCAACAGAUUCAACAUCAACUAUCACUGGAUGUGUCGUGUUCAACGAGCAAAGCAUCGUCAACAUUCACCAGCACCACCACCAUACCCAUUUCAUCCGAACUCAGCGAUUGCAACGAUAUGGUUGCUGAAACAUUGGAAAAAAUCCUGGAGAAUAAAUUGGUGCGCGAGAAACGCAUCGAAAUGGAAAAGAAAUUGGAAACGAUGCGAAAAAAGCAUGACAAGGAAAAAUUACGUGUUACAUCACAGCGUAGUGGCGAUCUAACCGACGGCAUUCGCAAAUCCAAAUUCUACAUGAACAAUAAAUUGGUUAAACGGCUUAGCAAUAAGAACUUAGAUUUAACAGUGACAGUGCCUCCAUGUCCAAGUGAUUUGACGGAAAGCGCUGAAACUGAUAGCGGCGAACGAUCGAGCGCUGUACCUCGAAACCAAUUCGAACGAUUGAUUCCGGUGUGCCGAGACUUUUCCACCAAUUACCAAGAAUUGCAAGAGAAAUACCACGAACUGAUUUAUAGCACCGCUGAAAAGAUAUUGCGCACAUCGCAAGCCAAUCAAAUGAAGCAGCUAAGGACAUGCUUGGAAAAGGAAACGAGUGACGUGAUGCGACAAUUGAACAUCAUGCGACGCAAUGAAGUCAAAUCGUUGUCGCUGGUGCAUCGUGACCGGGAUGAACUAGUCAGAAUGAAACGAGAGGUGGCAUCGUCAUUAGUUGAACGUGGUGUAGCUGAACGAGUGCGACUGACUCAAGCCUAUGAGAAGAAAAAGACGGAACUACAGAAACAGCAUGAUAUUGUUAAAAAUCAGCUAAAUGACCAUAAAGAAAAGGCCAAAGCGUUACUGGAAAAAGAUUGUGAAUCUCGUCCGUGUUUUUCGUCUGAAGGAUUUUUGGUGUUAUUUUCUCAGAAUUCAUUGCAUGCGACCAAUGAAAAUGGUGGUCCAUCGAGUGAGAAUGCAAGCAACAACAAGUCGAGCACUUCAAUGCACUCAGAGUCCUAAACAUAGCUCAAACCAUUUUAAAGGAAAAAUUUCAUAAGGAAAACAAAAAAAAAUUGUUGUGACAACCAUUGUUGAUUGGAACCAAUUCGAAUCGCGACAUUUUCCAAAAAAAAAAAAAAAACAAAUACCCUUUGAAUCUCAAUGCGAAAACGAGACAGUGUUCCAAGUAUCUAGUGAUUUACCUGGUGGUAUCCGGUUUAAAAAAAAAAGAAUAUAUUGUGAUUAAACAUGAAAAAAAAACCAAUAAUAUAACAAUUUUUAAAUGCCCAAUUCUAUCCAUAUAACAUUUGAAUCACAGUAUAAAUGUGCAAUAAACGUUUAAUCUGAACACAAAAGCAAACACACAGAUAUUCAUAAAAUUUAACAGAGAAGAAAACAGAUCUUUAACAAAUCCGAUAUUUGAGUAGUUUGGAGCGAAAAUGUCGUACAGAAAAGUUGCGCAGAAAAAUGUCGAUGAUGAAUGAGCGGAAAAGGGAUAGCUAUAUAGAUAUCUGUAUAGUAAACUAUAGUGAUUUGAAAAUUUUUCACGCAACUUUUCUGUAUUACAUUUUCGCUCCAAACUACUCAUUUGUCAAUGUUGAACACAUAUUAAUAAACACAAUUCUCACAAUUCUUAAUACACACACAGAUGUUAACGUUGGGCGUAUAAAAGCAUAUGUAUUUCGAAUUUACCCCGUUUCUUGGUAUAAUAUUAACUAUCUUUAAAAAGAACAGAUAUUAAACAACAAAAACAAGCAACUAUAAACAAACAAUUUUUCCAAUACAAUCUCAUUCAAUAAUUCCAUUUUUCAUACAAGUAGUUUAAUUUUAAAACAACAAUCUAAGGAUAAACAAUUGUUCUGUAACCAUUUUAAGCAGUUAAUUUUUAAUUUGAUUUAAAUAAAAGAACAAACAAUGUCAGUUUUUUGUUAUUUUGUUUCGAUGAA